UUUUAUAUGAUGAAAUUAUAUCUUCACUUAUUAUUAAGCUACCAAUGUUUGAGUUUAAGUUAAAUCUUUGAAGUAUAAACUCCCAUCUCAAAAUUGAAAUCGAGCCUACACUCAAUUACUGCGUUAAGCCAAAGCUUGCACAAAUAAUCUUGCAGCAUGAAUAAGAAAGAACAGUGGCGCGCUUUUUAGCAUAGUGGCAUUAGCGAAUGAGAGAGAGAUUGGGUUUCUUACUAAAGCAUUGCUCUAACCUUAAACAUGUUGAGACGGCUCAUGGAUUCAUGGUUCGAACAGCCCUCCAUCACGACAAGCUUCUUCUCAGCCAAUUCAUCGAAACAUGUUCUUCUCUGGGCUUCUCCGCCUAUGCCCACUCCGUAUUCUCUGUUAAUUCCCAAAGCCACCCUCACAUUUAUGUUUUCAACACCAUGAUCAAGGGGAUGACACUCUGCAACUCCGCCUUUGAGGCUCUCCUUGUUUAUAAAAGCAUUGGGCGGGUCGGGUUGCGGCCCGACUGUUACUCUUUCCCGUUCGCGUUGAAGGCGGUUGUUGAUCUUCGGGCAAUGAGUUUGGGUACCCAGAUUCACUCACAAGCCAUAUGUGCGGGGCUCGAAUCCAAUGUUCACGUGGUUUCGGCUCUCAUUCAAAUGUAUUCCUCGUGCGCGCGCAUUUCGGACGCUCGCAAGGUGUUUGAUGAAAUGCCUCUCGCCUCUGUUUGCUCAGAUAAUGUUGUGGUCUGGAUGGCAAUGAUUGCUGGGUAUGUCAAGCUUGGGGAUCCAGACACUGCCAUGGAUUUGUUGAGCCGUAUGCCUCGAACUCAAACCGAUGGUGCGGUACUUAUUACUUGGACAUCAGUGAUUGCAGGGUAUGCUCAAAUGGAUCGUCCCGACGAAGCCAUCGCUGUAUUUCUCAAAAUGCAGUUGGAGAACGUAGUGCCUGAUGAAAUAGCAAUGUUGGCUGUGCUUUCCGCUUGUGCGCAGUUGGGUGCUUUUCAUAUUCGAUUGGGAGAAUGCAUUCAUGGCUACGUUAAAAAACGUGGGUUUGAUCAAAUGGUUACCCUUAAAAAUGCACUAAUCGAAAUGUAUUCGAAUUCAGGCAAUAUAAGCAAUGCUUUGCAUGUGUUCGAGAAUAUGACCCGUAGAACUGUUAUUUCUUGGACUACCAUCAUAUCAGCACUUGCAUUCCAUGGACUUGGCACACAAGCUCUCGAAUUGUUCUCUCGGAUGGAAAUGGCUCAAGUUAAACCGAAUGAUAUCACUUUCAUCGCAGUCCUCUCUGCUUGUGCUCAUGUAGGAUUGGUGGACUUGGGUCGAUAUUAUUUCCAUGCUAUGAAAUACAGGUACGAGAUUCAACACGAGAUUCAGCACUACGGUUGUAUGAUCGAUUUACUUGGUCGAGCCGGUUAUCUAGCAGAAGCACUCAAACUAGUUAGUGAGAUGCCGUUUCAGCCAAAUGCAGCUAUAUGGGGGUCACUUCUUGCUGCCUCUAAUAUUCAUGGUGAUGCUGAGCUGGGAGAGUUAGCUUUGCUCCAUUUGGUACAAUUGGAGCCUUGGAAUAGUGGGAACUAUGCACUUUUAUCCAAUAUAUAUGCUUCAGCUGGAAGGUGGGAUAAAUCUGUAAUGGCAAGGAAAAUGAUGAGAGACAAAGGUGUUCGAAAGAUGCCGGGUUGGAGUUUCAUUCAGGUGAGUACUAGAACUCAUGAAUUCAUUGCAGGGGAUACAUCACACCCUCAGUUUGAUAGAAUACAUGGAACCCUAUUCACCUUGAACGAGCAGAUAAAAACUGCUCAUUAUGAUCCGAUAAACGAAUUCGAUAAUCAUGAUUCUGAUAUUGGACCAGCAUCGAUAAGUUAUUGCAGUUCAUUUUGAUGUCAUCCUUGUUCUCAAUUCAGAACAGUGAGCAGGUCCACUAAAGGAUUAUCCAUCUAAAGCAAUGUAGUCAGUACCGUAUCAGCUGAUGUAUCGUUUUUGUUCCGAUACUGAUAUGUAACAGUUAGAAAAGAAACAACCCUUGUAAACUUUUGAUUACUUCAACACAUCAAAUAAUUCCGAGACCAUGAUAUUUUAAGACGAAUAUAAGAGACAAUUGUUGCCAGAAAA